AUGAUGGUUGGUGGUUCACUCGGGGAAUGGUCAACCGGUUACUGCGAUUGGGGAGUGGGCAUCGCUAUGAGCAUUUACGUGGAAGUGAAGGUGCACAUGCGUGUAUCUCGAGAAGUCAAAAAUGCUGAGCUUAACAUGUUAGCUGAUCAGGUCGUACUGCAACGUAAAGAUCCGGAGGCGGAGAGACAUCAUGAUGAAUUAUCCAUAAAUGAUCCAGACACAUACUUCCAGGGCGAUAUUGAUUUGUCCGAGAAGCAAGCCGAGUUAAUUGCCAGACAGCUUGAGAGUGCUAGUGCUCUAAAAGGAAAAGAAGAUGAAAUUAUACGAAAAAAAAGGCAAGUAUUGGAAAAUUUUGAACUGAUAGGACUUGAACAAAUCGUUGUUUCAAACGCAGUACUAGGAAAAAGUGUAAAUCUGCAUAAUCUUAAAAUAGCAAUUAUUUCAUCAGAAUAA